AUGGGAUUCUUGACGAAAUGGCUCAAAAACUUCAUGAUACCAAAAAGUGAGACUCUGCAAAGCCAUGAUUCGCAGUCUUUUUCAAAGGUCCAUCCACGAACUUAUGCGCCCAAUGAACUCCCAUUAGUAUCCACUAGACCGAACAUUGGCGAGGAUUGGCUAACAUGGAGCAAUGAAGCGUCUAGCAAAAGCCUCCUGAAGGUCAAAAAAUGCUCUAAUCAUCUUCCAGACACGACAAAUUCUAGAUUGACAGAAGCUGAACGGUUUGCCAAAAAGCUCCGUGAAAACCGACAAGGAAAACUAUCUCUAUCUUAUUCGUGCAACAAUAUCAACCAAAAAAAACGUCCAUUGAUGCUCAACCGCCCUAUAGGUGCCAUUUCCGGAGGCCCACUAGGUACAGCGAACUUCUCCCUACGAAAAAAGCCCACUUUGAGCAGUGCUGUACUUGACACUGUUCGUCCUGAGAACUUCGAGAAGUAUAAAGAGCUGCACACCAAAAAGAUUCACCUCUUAGAGCAGAUUAAGCUUUGGAGACAGGAGCACGAAAUAUCCUCACAGCUUCCACCAGUCAAGCGUAUUCAGCCACUCGAUAAGGACUCGAAAUUGCUAGUCAAUAAGUUUUGGACGUCUAGAUCCAAAAACGACGUAUUAGGAGAAGUUUAUCGCGUUCAGCUCAGCGUAGCAGACAUCCAGACCCUUCGGCCCCGGGCGUGGCUUAAUGACAAUGUGAUUGAUGCGUAUUUGGCCGAAAACAGUUCGAAAACAGAAUCGAACACUUUUGCUUUUACAACCCAUUUUUACACGCGCUUAGAGCAGUCGGGAUACACUGCUGUAGCCAAAUGGGCGAAGCGUAAGAAAAUCAAUAUUCUGGAGCUUGACUAUUUGAUUGUACCGGUUAAUCGUGGCAACAUGCAUUGGUGCAUGUCAAUCGUAGACAACGCUAAGAAAACUAUAUCUUUCUACGAUUCAUUGAGCUCUGGGCGAGGCGGUGACGAUGUUGUUCGAAAUCUGGUCGAGUACCUGGUCAAAGAAGCAGAUCGCUUAGAACCUGGUCAGCGGGACAAGCAUAUUGAAAUUUUCAACAACUACAAAGUAAUACCACAAGCGGAUUGCCCUCAGCAAAAUAAUGGAUUCGACUGUGGCGUCUUUGCCUGUCAGACAGCUGUUAGAGUUUCGAACGGAAGCCCAUUGGAUUUCGACCAAAAAGAUAUGGAUAUUAUUCGAGAGCAUAUGGCAUUUAAUUUAUUGAAACUUGCUGGAAUCUAG